AUGUCUAUCCAACAGCCAGACUACUAUACCGCUCUAGGUAUCAACCCCUACUCAACUUUUAGAGAAAUCCAAAAGGCCUUCUUUAGGCUAUCUCUUUCCUAUCACCCCGACAAGCAUACCAAAUACAAACCCGAAGAAGCUCAUAAACAAUUCGUCAUUAUAUCUGCUGCAAAUAACGUACUCAAAGACCCCGUAUCCAGGCGCAAGUACGAAGACGCCCAGAAGUGGGCGUACAACGAAGACGACGAUGGUGAAGAUACGUCGGAGCAUCCGGCAUCCCAUCAUCCUCUGUUUCACGGAACUCGGGCUGAGCGAGAAGCUCGCCGACGUGAACGCCAGCAGACCCGGUAUGCCAACCGGGCAUCAUCGAAGAAUUGGGGAACUGAAGAGGGUCCAUCUGAUUGGGGUCAUGGCUUCUAUCCCGAGUCGGAUGACACAGACGAGGCCAAGCCGUCUCAGCCGCAGGAGGACCUGUCUGCCGAGGAGGGGGCGUGGCUGAGGUACCGUAACGCCAAGAAUAAUCUCCAAGGCCUCUCUUUCAGCCUCAAAGACGCUCUAUACAGCGUCCUGGAGCUGAUCCGAUCUCUCCGGGCUGAUGAUAAUAUCAAAAAGCGGGCAGCCAAGGCCAGAGUCCAACUACGUUCAAUCGAGGUCUUUUUCCAUAGCGUUCAGGAGGAGAUGGACGCUGUACUCUGGCCAACCUGCUUGACGGAAACGACUGUCCUUCGCAUCAACAAGAUGAUGAAUCUGGAAAGCAAUAUCCAAGAAUUUCUCAUCAUGCUCAAUUCUCGGCCUGGGGACACUUCCCCGGAGCAAGAAGCUACAGAGACUAGCAAGCUUUUGCUGAAGGCUAUGGGCAAGUGGGCCCAGCUCUGUCGUUGA